UGCAGCUGCCAUGGAAACAGUAUAAUGCGUCUUGCACAGGGAGAGUUGUGUGAGGCGAAAACCACAAGUGAAGGAAAGAGGUCUGGAAGAGAGCGAACCUUGUGGACUGAGGAUCAGAGCAAAGGGUGUGAUCGAAAAGUCCCAGGCAGAAGGCAGUGAUGUUUACUCUGACAGAAGUCACCUUCCGCAAUGAGAGCCAUGUUCGGUUCCAGAUAUUAAAGCCUUGGUGGGAUGUCCUGAUGGAUUACUUAGUACUUGCAAUGCUGAUGGUUUCUCUUCUCUCUGGGACUUUGCUCAUCUCUGUUGACCAAGUGACAUGUCUGCCUUUGAGCAACAAGCCAAAUGAGACCACAACAGUUACCUCUAAACCUGGAGCUAUAAAUCCUGCCAUCAAUGAAAAAAUUAUGGCUGGAAAAAGUGGCCAUCCUGUGAAACUUGACUACCAGCAAUACUUGUUUAUCAGCCACAUCUGUUAUCAAAAGGCCUUGCCCUGGUUUUCAAAAUAUUUCCCUUACCUUGCACUUGUUAACUCGAUGCUUUUAAUGGCUAGUAGCAACUUCUGGUUCAGGUACCCUAAGACUUCAUCAAAAAUCGAACACUUCUUGUCUAUCCUCAUGAAAUGCUUCGAGUCACCUUGGACUGCCAAGGCUCUCUCCGAGAUGGCCUGCCAGCAUGUCAUAGGCCGACCCAAGACCCCUGCUGCAGGAGGGUGCCAAAACCAACUGAUAUCACCUUCCUCUUCUCCUAUUCUAGAAUGGAAGGACAAAGAGCAAGGCUGGGCACUCUUUGAGAAGAUCUGCAGAUUCAGGGCACACACCGAGAGCGCCAGCUUGAUUUACACAGUCUACACUGGACAAACCAUCUUCAAAGUUGCAAAGGUCCUAACUGUGCUAGGCUACACGUACAGUUAUGUAGGAUCCAUUGCCUUUAAACACAUUUGCUGGUUAGACACAGAUAACCUCAUUGGCUACUCUACCUUUCUUUGUACCCAUAGUUUGGCUUCCAUUUUGCAGAAACUGAUGGCUACUUAUUUAUUCUUGGUGUUCCUCUAUGGGCUUGUUGGGAUGUACCCCCUCUUAUGGCUGGUACGACAACCGCUGCUCAAGUAUUCUUUUAAGCAAAUGCAAGAAGGCAGCCACUUAAUUGACAUCCCAGAGGUAUACAAUGAUUUUGCUUUCCUGCUGCACAUGGCUGACCAGUGUGACCAACUAUACUCAUGGCGCUUUGCCAUCUUCCUUUCAGCAAUGAGUGGGAGCUGCCCUUCAGAUGCUGAUCUUGACCAUGAUUUGGGUAUUGGAGACUGGAGAGGACAUAAUUUUCUUACCUUACUUACCAACACACAAACGCUUCCCAAAUCAAAGCUUGGUAAAGUUCUUUUAUGGGACACCCCCCAGAAUCUCCCCACACCCACAAGUGUCUGGCAGAAGCGGUUGGGGACUUGCUGUCUAAAGAAGUAA